AUGGCUAUGUCAAAACACCCUGGGAAGCAGGAAAUCUCGACAGGGACUGGCAGUGACCACUCAUUCAGUCCCAGCGAUGAUGCUGCUGUCGGCACUGUCUCCAAUGUAACAGCUGGCUCACAGGCUUUGCAUCGCAAAUUGCGAGGGAGGGAGGUUCAGCUCUUCGCCAUCGGUGGCGCUAUUGGCACCUCACUCUACGUACAGAUGGGCGAAGCUCUACCGAAGGGAGGACCGGCCGGUCUCUUCAUUGCUUUCUUAAUAUGGGGAACUGUAAUGUGGGCAGUGAACGAAUGUUUCGCUGAGAUGGUCACAUUUCUACCAGUCCCGUCACCUUUCGUCCGCUUCGGCAGUGAGUGGGUAGAUGAUGCUCUGGGGUUUGCAAUGUCAUGGAACUUCUUCUUCGGUAUAGCAUUCCUCGUGCCUUUUGAGCUCGUGGCGAUGAAUAUCAUGAUUACCUUCUGGACGGAUAAAGUGCCUGUUGAGGCUAUUAUCGUCGCGAUGAUCGUUCUCUAUGCGCUGUUGAACAUGAUAAGUGUUCGAUAUUUUGGGAUCAGCGAGUUUUAUCUUUCUAUCUUCAAAGUGUUGCUGAUGGUUGGCCUUUUCUUCUUCACUUUCGUCACUAUGCUUGGAGGGAACCCUUUGCAUGAUCGUUAUGGGUUUCGAUACUGGAAUAAGCCUGGGGCGUUUGUUGAAUAUCUUGCGGAUGGGGGAACUGGGAGAUUUCUUGGGAUCUUGUCAUGCCUUUACCAGGCCAGCUUCUCAAUUUGCGGACCCGAAUACAUCUCAAUGGUCGCAGCGGAGACCAAGAACCCGCGUAAGAUUUUACCUCCAGCGUUUCGAUCUUUUGUUUGGCGCAUCCUUGUCUUUUUCGUCGGAUCUGCGCUAUGCAUGGGGAUUGUCAUCCCAUACAAUGACCCAACGCUCUCGGCCAUUCUAGGAGGAAGCAUAUCCGGUUCGGGUACUGGAGCCGCAUCACCAUAUAUUAUCGCUAUGGAGCGUCUCAAGAUCUCGGGUCUUCCUCACGUCGUCAAUGCGUUGAUUAUGACAUCCAUAUUCAGCGCCGGUAAUGGUCUCCUUUUUACAGCAACCCGUACAUUACACGGCAUGUCGAUCACAGGCCAUGCGCCUCGAUUUUUCUCCCGGUGCACAAAAGCCGGAGUGCCAAUAUACGCAUUAUUCUUCGCUCUUUCUUUCUGUCUCCUUGCGUUUCUUCAGGUUAAUACCUCAUCUGCCGAGGUCAUGAACUAUCUCGUGGACCUCGUUACAUGCUGUCAGUUGAUUAAUUACGCUUUUACGGCGUUCACAUAUCAUCAUUUUUACUCGGCUCUAAAACGACAAGGAGUUUCACGGGAUACCCUCCCUUAUAAGGGAAAAUUCCAACCCUACACAUCAUAUCUAGCUAUGGGUGGCACAACAUUCAUGGUCCUUGCUGGUGGCUAUGAUAUUUUUCUUAAGGGCGGAUGGUCUGUACUGUGGUUCUUUUUGGAUUAUGGCAUGAUCGGGUUCUUUGCUGUGGCAUUCGUUGGCUGGAAGCUCGCAUUCAGAACUAAGUAUGUCACUCCCGGAACUGCUGACUUGAGCUUGGGUGGCUUGAAGGAGGAGAUUGAUACUUACGAGGCUAUUCAUGCUAUGGUCAGUGAGGGACAGGGAGAUAACUUGAAGGUCAGUUUAUGGAAUAGGCUCGUUGGUUAG